AUGUUACUGAGGCUGCUUCAAGGGCAGCAAGAGCAGCUUCAGAGGCUGCAAGAGAUGAUGGGAGCCCAGGUUCAUGGGCAACAGCAGCUUGCAGCUGCAACGCAGAGCUUUGCUUCGGCUAGCUCGGCCACCAAGGGACGUGGCUUGAUUGAUGUGAAAGCUGUGGGGCGACCGAGCCAGCUGGGCGGUACAUUGGAAGAAGCGUCGCGAAAUUGGCGCCAAUGGUCGUAUCGUCUUGAGCUUUGGCUAGCCUCGCAAUUUCCGGAUGCUAGGAAGAUCCUUGCUUGGGUCAAGGAAAAGGGUGAUACCGAGAUUCCUUUGGCAAGCCUGGAGUCGACUUCGAUUACGGGCGUUGCCAAGGAAGCGGUGCUGGAAUUUAAUCGCCAGCUUGAGGUGGUGCUUGGGACGCUUACCAGCGAUGCGCCUGGGGACAUCACGAUGAAUAGUUCGACUGGGUCAGGUUUGGACAUGUUCCGGCGGCUGCACGCCCGCCUGGAUCCAUCGGAUAUGGUCACCAGCAUGAGGUGGCUAAGGUCGCUUAUGAGCACUUCGGCGGUGGACUCCGUCACCGACCUGGUGCCAGCCAUUGAAAAAUGGGAGGAUGCUCACCGGCGGUACAGCCAGCAGAAGGACUGCGCACCUUUGACGGAGCAGCAGAAGAUGGUUUCUUUGAUCGGCCUCGCGCCGUCUGAGCUUCAGGGCCACCUGGAGCUAAACCUGGGAAGGCUCAGCAGCUAUGAGUUGCUGAGGAGAGAAAUGGUGUCCUUUGCGGAUACCAAGCGGGCCUUUACGGCCACGGACGGUGCUGUGCCAAUGGAGGUGGAUGCUUUGAAGGGUGCCAAAGGACCGAAGGGAAAAGGAAAGAAAGGAGACAAAGGAAAGGACAAGGCCAAAGAAACAAGGACCUGUCACAUAUGCCAACGCGUAGGUCACCUAGCUAGGGACUGUUGGUAUAAGGAUAGUAAGGGUAAAGGUAAAGGAAACCCGAAGGACCCUAAGGCUCAAGCGGGCAAGGGUAACAAGAACCGGCCAAAGGGCCGAGCCAACGAGCUUGACGGCACGGAGGGCGGCGCCAUGGAUGGGGCCGGCGAUGCCGAAUAUGAAGCCGAAGAGCCUGAUGAGGAAGCCGAGUUGGGCUUUAUAGGGGCUCUGGAUGGCGAGGGCGAAGCUGACCCUGAUGGGGACCCUGCCGAUGGCAGGGAAGAUGGAAGCGGAGGUGAUGGAGCGCUUCGUUCCUCACCUGGUGCCGACACCUCUGGGGCCGGGAGCUCCACGGAUCCCCCGGCACCCAAGGCUAAAGCCAAGGCGGGAUCAGCCAGUUCCACCCCAGUGGGCCUAAGGAUGGCCGAUAUGAGUGUGCUGAACAAGCUUCAGGAAAGGCGAAGGGAGCUUGAAGCUCAGAUCGCCGAGGUGGAAGCCAAGGGCAGUGAAGGUGACCAAGGGGAGCUCACCAUGCACCGGCUGAUGCUGGAUAUGGUUAAGGGUCAGAUCAAGAGGGCCCAGGAGCUCAAAAGGAACCGAGAAGAAAGGAUCUCGGCUAGGCUCCAGGCCGACCUGAAUGCGGGUCACAACCCGCGGCUGGCAAAGCGGAAAGAAAAGAGCCGCCAGAGAGCGGCCAAGCACCGACAAAGCCUCAGGUUAGGGCAAGCCAAGGCACGAGUUAGAAGGGAGGAAGCCCUGGAGAGGAGGUUCAACAUACCCGAGAGGGCACGCAAGCAGGAUGAAUAUCCGUUGCUGCCCAGUGCUGGGUCCAAGGUGGCUGCACCACCCUCUCGCCGGGAAAAGGCUAUGAUGAGGGGCGAAGGCGAGGACCGCGAGCACUCUGGGGAUGAGCUCGACGAGCCCAAGGAAAGGGACUGGAGUGCCAAGCCUCGGCGGCUAACGCCAGAGGGCCGCGAAGGCAAGAGGCUGCGAGAGCAGAAGAGGAAGAAAAGAAGGGCUCAGGAGAUGAAGGAAGAAGCGGGUGGUGGACCGCCUCGGUCCCCACCGGCGGGGGUUCGCGGAACCGACCGGCCCAGUGAGCCGAAGGGGCCACCGCCUAAGCUGAGGCCGACCCCUAAGGUUCGGGCGACGCCCAAAGAGCCGAGUACUCCGCCACCGGGCCAUGAGUCGAGAAGGAAGAAGAAGGAAGAGGAAGAAGAGGACCUGGUGGAGAUGGUCUUCACCUUCAUCGACGGCUCGGGGGUUGUGGUGCGAAGAAAGGGCAUCUCCGAGCUCACCCUCAGCCAGAAAAGAAAGGUGGAGGAGGCAAUCGCCUCUGCACCUUGGAGGGCCGAGCCCAAGUCCCGAGGCAGGCCCCAGCUGAACAAGUACAGCCAGAUGUACUCGAGGUUUGUGAACUAUCUCAAGGGCUACCGACCAGCCCUGCCGGAGAAGCAGAUCCGCCGCAGGGGCCUUGCGAAGCAGUACCAGGCUGCAACCCGGUUUCGCGCAAGGGUUGGAAUCCGGAGGAAACUCCGGGCCCUGGCCCCGAGGGGCACGGUGGGCGAAACGAUCGCCAACCGGGACCUGGAUGAUGACAGCGACUGCCACUCGUGCCACAGCAGGCGUGUGAAGACGACCGAGCCUGCAGACCGCUUUUACAAGAAGCGGCGGGCAGCAAGGGCCAAGCAAAAGGCCAAAGAGCUCCUGAGCGAAGACGAGGAAGAAGACCAAAGGGGUUACGAUGACCCCGACACAGACUCAGACCCCGGCCACCGACCUUUGGGCCGUGGGCCAAGGAGCCCACCAGGCGGUGGGGAAGGAGCCAAGGAGGCCGUGGUGUACUCCUUUGAGCCAGGGUUUGGUGGGGCCGCUUCGGCUACCACCAUCCAAGUGAUCCUGGAUAGUGGGGCGAGCCACAAUGUGAUACCACAAGAGUGGGUGAAGCACCUGGAAUGGGGACCCGCCGAAGGACCGGCAGGCUUCCGCACCGCAGACGGAAGCUGGCUGCCAAACCUCGGUACGGCCGUGGUGUCUUUGAGGUCGACCGAAGGGUUUUCCUUUAGGGUCCGGUUUUGCGUGGCCUCGGUGCAGCGUGCGCUUCUCAGCGCGACCCAAGUGCUGAAGCUUGGGCACACGAUCGUCCUGAAAGGAUCGAAAGCGGUGAUCCGUGUGAAAGGAAGCGAGGAGAAAACUUUGGUGUUCAAGAUCCUUGGGCCCCCUCCGGUAGCUAGUUCUCCCGACCACUUUUUCAUAGGAUCGGAAGGAGAAGAGGACAAAGCCGAGGAGGAAAGAAGCAAAGCAAAGGAGAAGGCAAAGGAAGAACCAAGAAGCCCAACGCGCAAAGCAAAGGAAAAGCCAAGAAGCCCAACACGCAAACCAGAGGAAAAGCCUAGGUCUAACUCGGGCAAGAAUCGAUCUGGAUCCCUUUAUGUGGGUGAAGCCGGCGGUGCUGAUCCACCAAGGGAGGAAGCUGCUUCAGCGUCCUCCCAGCCACAGGUCGAUGAGGGUCAGUCUGCUCAGCCGUUGGCCCGGCCAGACCGACCAACGCCCGAGAUGAUAGCAGCUCAUGAGGUUUCCCACGUUCCAUACAGGAGUUGGUGCAGAGCCUGCGUUGCAGGUCGUGGUCGAGCCUACCAGCACAAAGCCUCGGGUCAGGAGUCCACGGUGCCUGUCAUCAGCAUGGACUACCUCUACUUCAAUGAGAGGACCGAUGGCGCUGGACUGCCCACCAUAGUCCUUCGCGAUCGCCACUCGAAGGCUAUCUUCUCGCACCUCCUCCCGUGCAAGGGAACGACCGGAUCUACGCACCCUGAGCGAGCUAUCUUGAAGGACCUUGAAUUCCUAGGGUACAAGAAACUGGUCCUAAAGAACGACCAAGAAGCUUCUAUCAAAGCUCUAUCUCUCGCUGUUCGCAAUGGCUUCAGUGGGGAGAUUGUUCCGGAAGAGUCACCUAAGGGGGACCACCACGGGCAGAGCAACGGGGAAGCUGAGAGGUCCGUUCAGACAGUGCAGGGUUUAGUGCGGACCCUGAAGGCCAGUUUGACCGAGAAGGGCAUUACCCUUGAACCCACCUCAGCCGUGUUUGCCUGGAUGAUUGAAUAUGCCGGUGUGCUGCACACCCUGUUCAGUCAAGAGCUCCAUGAAGGGUUGACGCCUUUUCAGCGAAUAAAGGGGCGCAAGUGGCAAGUGGCCUUGCCAUGCUUCGGUGAAGCUGUGGACUACCGCCGCAAUACGCGCUCAAAGCUGGAUUCGCGAUGGCAAUCUGGAGUUUAUCUGGGCCUACGUCUGCAAAGCACGGAGAAGAUCGUGGGGACCAACCAAGGGAUCUUUGUGGUCCAGAGCAUCAAGCGGAAACCCGAGGGCCAACAAUGGGAUUCCGACUUGGUCAAGGCAGUUCGUGGAUUGCCCUGGAAGACCUCACCGGACGAGACUGGAGAUGGUGCUCGAUUACCCGAGCCACUGACCGUUCGAGCUCAAGUUGAGGAGGGACUGCCUCCACCUGCUCGCGAACUGGUUAAGCCCGAGGUAGCACCCUUCAGACGCACCUACAUCCGCCAGUCUGACCUAGACAAGUUUGGGUAUACGGCUGGAUGCGAGGCAUGCUCAGCAAUCCGUGAGGGUCGAAGGAGAACGGGCAUCAACCACACCGAGCACUGCCGCUCAAGGAUCAUGGAAGCCCUAAAGGAGUCAGAAAGCGGAAAGGCCCGACUGGAACGCGAAGAGCAGCGUGAGAGUGAAUUCUUCGAUAAGGUGAACAAGGCAGAAGAGAAGAAGAGGAAGGUGAGUACUGAGCAGGAGGCGUCCUCUUCCACAGACCCUCCAGCGGCCCAACCUUCCAGACCUCUGACCAUUGCUCGCCAACCGCCUUUGAGGCCAGAGGUUCCGAGCGAACCUAGCUCUCUGCCACCUGGUGGUGCGGCUGCUUCAGCUGCGCCCAGUGGGGGCCAGAAGAGAAAGAGUGAAGGCGGGGGGGACGAAGGUCGUGCCGAGCUGGCACCUCCUGACGCAAGGUCCGAAGGUCAGAAGCGCAAAUCACCUGAGAAUGCCGAAGGCAUGAUCGAAGAGCUCAUUCUUCAAGAGCGCGAAGGUUUCAUUGCCAGUAUCGAAAACGAGGAACAACCCACGUGCGACUUAGAGGACGACUUGUGGGAGGAAAAGUUCUACGACGAGAAUACUGGUAAAGAGCUUCCCGCCGAAGGUGUCAAGCAAGCUCGCAUCGAGGAGAUCCAAGUUAUCAAAGAUAUGCAGGUUUGGGAGCCGAUUCCAAGACCCCCUGGCGAACGGGUCAUCGGCACCAGAUGGAUUGACAUCAAUAAGGGGGAUGAUCUUCGAAAGAAACUGCGCUCAAGGCUGGUAGCACAAGAACUGAAGAGAAAGAAAGGAGUCAACGAAGAUCCGAGCUGGACCGAGUUCUUUGCGGCAAUGCCGCCAUUGUCCUCAUUGAGGGCUCUCUUCACACUGGCUACAACUGGGCGCGUACCCGGCCCAAACAAGAAAGCCUUCCAGAUGAACGAGCAUGGUGAAGUCUGUGUGCUGUUCAUUGAUGUGAAGAAAGCUCACUUCUGGAGUCCAGUCAGGAGGCGACUCCUCGUGGAGCUCCCACCAGAAGCGGGAGAAGGACCUGACAAGGUCGGCCUUCUCAAAAGGAGUCUCUACGGAACCCGUGAUGCACCGAGCAACUGGGAACAUGCCAUCAAGAAAGUAAUGACCGACUUGGGUUUUAAGCAAGGGGUGUCCAACCCGUGCCUUUACUUUCACCCUGAGCAUGGCUUACGUUGCAAUGUGCAUGGAGACGACUUCACAGUCGUCGGGGGCUACAACAAGCUUCAAUGGUUGAUUGAGUCACUUCAGAAAGCGUGGACAAUUGAGGUGAGAGGAAUCUUGGCACGGCCCGGCUCGAGCCUGCCAGGAGUUACUCACAGCAUCUCUGUGCUGAACAGAUUGGUCACGUGGACCAACGACGGGAUUGAGAUGGAAGCCGAUCCUCGGCACGUGGACCUGGUAUUGGAACACCUGGGUUUGAAUAACUCCAGCCCUGUUACCACACCACUUGUUAAGAGCACAGGGGAUGAGGAUGAAAGUCCACUCUCCAAGGAAGAUGCUGGACUCUAUCGGUCCAUAGCAAUGAGAAUUGGGUAUCUGUCAAGCGACAGACCCGACAUGCUUCGGACUGUGAGGGAACUUGCUAAAGGCCUUAAGGAGCCCACUCAAUAUCACUGGAACCUGCUCAAGCGUGCAGGGAGAUACUUGAGAGGAGCACCUCGCCUCGUGCAGCUUAUCCCUCACCAAGAAGGGUUCAGUGUCAUUCAAGGAUGGAGUGAUACAGAUCAUGCAGGAUGCGUUCGCACGAGAAAAUCCACAACAGGGACGGUCGUGCAACUAGGGAAGGCAGUCAUCAAAGCCACUGCGAAAGGGCAGGCAGUCAUAGCACUAUCCAGUGGGGAAGCUGAAUACUACGGCCUGAUAUCCACCACCAGCGCAUGCUUGGGUGAACAAGCAAUGUUGGCUGAUUGGGGCAUCAACUGCCCUGUGGUCAUCAACAUGGACGCCACCACGGGCAUAUCCAUUGGAAGCCGGAGAGGUCUUGGGCGUGUGAAGCACAUCCACACCUGCUUCCUGUGGGUUCAAGAGGUGAUCGACUCUGGCCGAGUUAAGCUGAAGAAGGUCCCUACGGGAGAAAUGCUGGCUGACCUGAUGACAAAGCCUCUGGAUGCGAAGCUCAUCCAGAAGUUCCUGCAAGGAAUGGGCUACAACAGCAGAGCGGGACGACAUCCUUUGGCCCUGAAGACGUGA